UUUACUUGUUGGGUUUUUACCUGCCUUUUGCUUACUCUACGGCAGCCUUUUGAUAGCUGGCGUGUGUUUACGGACGCGGAGAGCUUGAAUCGCUCGGUCUCGUGGAUGUCAUUCGACUUUUGUGUCUGUUUCGCAUUGUUAAUUUCUUCAUCUUCUUCAGUUGGAUCGCUCCGGCUACCCGAACGCUAAACAAACUGAAAUUGCUGCUACAUUGACCUGCGCCCCCCUGCGGGCAGAAACCUUACAGAGGAAGAAUCUACCUGACUCGAACAAGUAACCGAUCAUUGCAGUGGGGGAAAAACCAACACUGAAUGGCUUCCUACAGGCAUCUGGCGAGUGUGAGAUGUUUCGCUGGUUAGAGAGGAUUGGCGCGUAGAGUCGCGUGCUGCUUUGGAUGGAUCGCAAUCGUAACACAUCGAUAAAGAUAAAUGGACACUGUUUUUUCACGUAUCUGUGUAAAGUACGUUCCGCCAUAUUAAGGCGUGCGAUCACGGUGUAAAUCAAAGAAAACUGGAGAAAACCUCAGAACCUUUAUGACACUAUCACCCCAAAGGACGAUUAGAACAGCGCGUUUGAUUGGACAGGAUCCGCGGACUGUUCGUGAAUCUUUUUUUUUUUUAAGGCAGAAAGUUGACUUUGUGAAACUUGAUAAAUUUACGGAGCAUUUUCCAAGUGCGUGGUUCAAAGUGUGCUUUUGAUAGUGAAGCAUACAUCAGUACCUGGAUUAUACAAACAGAACGUGAGAAGAAAACAGUAAGGAAGGAGAAGGGAAAAAAGAGAAAGAAGAAACAAGCGGGGAAAAAAAACAAAGAAAGAAAGGAGAUUUUGAAAAAAAAAGAUUCCUUGAAAUAGCAGAACUGGGAUUAUUAUUAUUUUUUUAAUUUCCACCAAUAAACCACAUCGUAUCUUUUAACUCCAGAGCAGUGGUUAUUGCUGUGCACGCGCACCUGUGACAGAAACAUGACGUCAUGGAACGAGACGGUGUCAUCCUUCUCGUGUUUCGAGAGAUAAACAUGCUCGUCAUACUAACAGUGUGUCUAAUUUCAUUGACGACCAGAAUGGGAUGUACUCAGAACGACAUUCUGCGACUGAAUAUCCCGAAGGAGCCUCACUUGGACCCCAACACCGUGUGCAAAACAUACCCGCAACUCUCAGCCAAUCAGUACGAACUGUGCCGGAAGUACCCUGACGUCACGGCCUCGGCUAUUCAGGGGGUUCAGAUAGCCGUGCACGAAUGCCAGUAUCAGUUAAAGGCACAUCGGUGGAAUUGUUCCUCCCUGGAGAAAAAGAAUAAAAACCCACACGCAAGUCCUAUACUGAGAAAAGGUUUCAAGGAGACUUCGUUCGCUUACGCCAUCUCUGCGGCCGGAGUAACCCACCAAGUGUCGAAGGCGUGUAGUAUGGGCAAACUAAAAUCGUGCGGGUGCGACAUGAGCGUUUACGGACUUACCCGAGCCCACCCGAACGCGUACGCGCAGCGGAAAAAAUUCGAAUGGGGUGGCUGCAGCCAUAAUGUAGACUUUGGAGAACAGUACGCGAAAAAGUUCCUCGAUUCUAAGGAGAUGGCCAGAGACAUUCAUUCGCAAAUUAAUUUACACAAUAACAAAGCCGGACGUCUGGCCGUCAUUCGUCACGUGACCAAGGAGUGCAAGUGUCACGGUAUGUCGGGCAGCUGUGAGUUAAAAACCUGUUGGAAGGCGACUCCAAAAUUUCGACUAGUUGGCAAUAUUUUGAAACGCAAGUUUGACGGGGCGAGCAAGGUACAGGUCCACGUGUCCAACAACGCCGACGGGACUCUGUUCAAGCGAAACGGGCGACGCCCGCGUCAAACCGAUCUCCUCUACUACCAGAAGUCGCCGAACUUCUGCGAACCCAGCCGAAGAUACGACGCGCCGGGGACAACCGGUCGGAUGUGCAACAAGACGAGCGGUGGGCUGGACAAUUGCGAGACCCUGUGCUGUGGGCGGGGAUACAACACGCUCAAGGUGGAGCGCUCGGAGCGGUGUCACUGCAAGUUCUACUGGUGCUGUUACGUGGAGUGCAAGACGUGUCAUUACAACGAGUGGGUCACCGUAUGCAAAUGAAGUUUCGGCUGAUGACACAAUUUUUUCUCUCUCACUUUUCUUCUUCUU